AUGGGCAAGUGGAAUUUCAGUGUCCCCGAGGGCUACUUUGAUGACUGCGUCGCGCUCGCGGCCCAGCUUCCCGGCGGCAAGCUCACCACCCGGCCGCUCUUUGCCCUCACGCCGCGCGAUUAUCCGUCCGACGCCGGCACCACUACCGACACUCGACCCUGGGCGCGCUUCACCUCGCACGUCCACGCCCUCAACCGCGAUUCCCCCGAGCAUGUCUCGUACAAGAUCAUGCUCCUGACCCGGCACGGCCAGGGCUUCCACAACCUCAAGAACCAAGAGGUCGGUGACGAGGCCUGGGACAGUCACUUUUCGCUGCUCGACGGCGAUGACAACACCACCUGGUUCGACGCCUCCCUCACCCCUCUCGGCAUCGCCCAAGCCACCGCUCUCUCCGAGCAGUGGCUCGCGUCCAUCACCGCCGACGGCCUGCCCGUCCCGCAGACGCUCUACACGAGCCCCCUCGCGCGCUGCCUGCAGACCUCGCAGCACUGCCUCAAACCCGUCAUGGACGCCCACAAUCAGCCGUAUCGUCCCAUGGUCAAGGAGAACCUCCGCGAGCGCUGGACGAUACACACGUGCGACAAACGCCGUCCGCGGGCGUGGAUCGCGGAGCACUGGCCCGCAUACAUAAUCGAGGACGGCUUUGCGGAGGAAGACAUCCUGGGGAGGCAGCCGCGCGAGGAGACAGAGGCGGAGAACCAGACGAGAAUCCUCGAGGCGCUGGGGGAUGUGUUUGAGCAGGAUGGCAGCGAGGUGGUGGCGUGGACGUUUCACUCGCUCGCGAUGCAGGCGCUGCUGGGGGCGCUGGGGAUGGUGCCGUUCAAGGUGCAGCCCGCGACGACGGUUGCGCUGCUUGUCCGUGGCGAAAAGGAGGCGUAA